AUGGUGUGGAACGACAAUAAUAAAAAGCUGGCGACGAAGCACAUCAAUGGAGGCGGCGGCGAGGAGGCAACAGCAAAAGGCGAGAAGCGGAAGCUGCGGCGGUCGGUGUCGAUGACGACGGUGGGUGGGCGUCUGGCGAGCGCGGCGAAGGAGCAGCGGGCGCGCCUCUACAUCAUGCGCCGCUGCGUCUCCAUGCUCCUGACUCGAAUUAUGCAAACCGUGAGAUUGAUGACUCCUGAAGAAUUAGCAUUGCAUGGUCACGCUCCCGAAGGACAAGAGCCUCGCGAGGGUUCUGAUCAUCUGGAGGAAAUCAUGCCAUGUGUCCACAUGCUGGCCAUUGAUGUCUAUGGAAAUUACGCGGUCCAGAAGGUUCUUGAGUAUGGACCGGAAUCUUACAAGAGGAAGCUCAUCGGCUAUCUUAUUGAGCAUGUGUUACCUACCCCUAAGCUUUCAUAUAGAGUGUUUUCCUACUGCAACAACCUGGAGAUCUACGACACGUUGGCGGCAGAGAUCAUCGAGUCUGUUAACAAGCUGUCUCGAGAGAAAUUUGCAAACUACGUGGUGCAGUACCUGCUGGAGCACGGCGGCCAAGCUAAGCGGUCCAUGAUGGUGAGCAAUUUUGCCGGGUACGUCGUGAGCAUGAGCUACAACAAAUUUGCCUCCAAUGUGAUCGAGGCAUGCCUGACCUUCGGGAGCCAGGAGGACCGGCAGCUCAUCACCAACGAGAUCAUCACCAGGAAGAUGGUGUCCGUUGCGGAGGAGCAGCAGGUGGGCGUGCUAGCUGGUGGAUGUGGCCAGAAGCAACGUGGCCUAUCUAGUCUGAUGAGGUUUAAGUAUGGCGAGCACGUCAUUGCCGCCAUCGAGAGCUUCCUCAGCGCCAAGGGUAAGACGCAUUCCCUGCCAAGCUAG